CGCGCCACUCGCCGUGAGGGGAAGGCAGUGGCGGGAAAAGGGGGGAGCGGCCGUGAGGGGAAAAUCGCGAUCGUGAGGGGAAUAUCGCGACAGGAAACCGCGACAGGAGCGGCGCCGCCAUGGCCCCGCGCGACUACGACAGCGAGAAAGAGAAGGCGAAGCGAUUUUUUCAGGAGUUUUACCGGGAUGGAGCCGACGGGCGCAAGGAAUUCCCGUACCGGGAGCAGCUGACGGCGCUGGCCCGCCGGGAGCAGCUGGCCCUGUGGGUGGCCCUGGACGACGUGGCCGAGGACGACCCCGAGCUGGCCGAGGCCGUGGUGGAGAACGUGCGGCGCUACGGCCGCGUCUUCUCGGACGCCGUGCACGAGCUGCUGCCCCUCUUCGGCUCUGCGGAGGGGGUCAGUGUCUGGCGCUACGGCCGCGUCUUCUCGGACGCCGUGCACGAGCUGCUGCCCCAGUUUGGCUCUGUUGAG